AUGUCAAACCUCUUUUGGAAGAACUUCCACCUCUGCUUCUCCAAACUCAAAUGCCUACCCCUCAUCCAAUCACCUCCUCCACAACCAAACCAAGAUGAUCACGACCGUCCAUCACCCACCUCCCCCACUACUACAUCAAUCACCAUCAAAAACUUCAACUCAGUCUACGACCUCACCUCAGACUCCACGGUCUCCAGAUCCCUCACUCACUCCACCGCCGACUUCUUCUCCUCCUCCGAUGACUCCGACGACACAGACUCGCCGCCGGACUUUGCAACCAUCUUCGCCUCCCAACGCUUAUUCUGCUCCUCCCCCGGCCGCUCCAACUCCAUUUUCGAGUCCCUAGACACUCGGCAAGACCCUGCAGACAACUCAUUACCGAUCACCGGAAGCGUCACAGUGCCCAAGUACUCGGUCGAUCCUUACAUUGAUUUCCGGCGGUCAAUGCAAGAAAUGGUUGAAGCAAGAAAUCUCAUGGACGCGACAAGCGAAUGGGAGUAUCUGCAUGAGCUUCUCUUAUGUUAUCUUACAUUAAAUCCCAAACACACCCACAAGUAUAUCAUUCGCGCUUUCUCCGACCUUGUCAUCAGCAUUUUGUCGUCGUCAUCUGCCGCCAAUAACUGCCGGGAGCCCAAGAACCGCCGGCAGCGAUAUAUUUCCCGGCAGUUGCAGGAGUAAAAUGCAUUUUAUCUUUUUCUUUUUUUAAUGGGAAGAUUAUGUUGGCGGUUGUUUUUACUUCUUUUAUGGGAUUUACUUUGUCUUUGGUGAAAGAAGGCGUUCCAUGUAAUGAAGACAAAUGAAAAAUGUAUUUGAUAA